UUUUUUUUCCUUCCUCCUAUUUAUGAAAACGUCACUUCAAGUCCCUCCCUGUUUGAAUCUCAUUAGUUUCUUGUGUGUUUCUCCCUGUCAAUAAUCCUGAAUCCAGACUCUCUCUAUUUCCAUCCCUCUCUAUCUGUCAAUCAGCGCCGCCUUUGAACUGAAAACCACUCCGACCAACUUCAACUCCCUCAAUCCGAGCGGCGCAGCUCCUUCUCCGGCAAACCCUUUCUGCCAAGAUUCCCCUUCUUUUUUACUUUUUCUUCACGACCGCCAGAGCUUUUUUGGAAAACGCCAAUACAAUACCCCCCGUAAAAAAAACUUAAACUCGGACUUUCGGGAUCAAGGGGGUUUUAAAAACUUUUUUUUUUUUUUUUUUUUUUAGUGUUGUUAACCCCCCUCCUCCUUGAAGGAAAGAUUUCUGCACGGGGGAAAAUGCCGCAGCUCAACGGCGGUGGAGGGGACGAUCUGGGCGCAAACGAUGAAAUGAUUGCCUUCAAAGACGAAGGGGAGCAGGAAGAGAAAAUUUCGGAGAACUCCUCGGCAGAAAGGGAUUUAGCAGAUGUCAAAUCUUCUCUGGUGAACGAGUCGGAGACGAAUCAGAACAGCUCGUCGGACUCGGAGGCGGAAAGACGGCCUCCGCCUAGAUCUGAAACUUUCAGAGACAAAACAAGAGAAAGUUUAGAGGAGGCUGCAAAAAGGCAAGAUGGAGGGCUGUUCAAGAGCCCACCGUACCCGGGCUAUCCGUUUAUAAUGAUCCCCGAUCUCACAAGCCCCUACCUUCCCAAUGGAUCACUUUCUCCAACAGCACGCACAUACCUACAGAUGAAAUGGCCCCUGCUAGAUGUUCAACCAGGAGGUCUUCCAAGUAGACAAGCACUUAAAGAUGCCAGGUCCCCGUCACCGGCACACAUCGUUGGGCCCUUCUGCUGGGAAUUCCCCGGACAGUCAGAUCUGAGCCUUCACCAAUUUCAUUUGUCUAAUAAGGUUCCAGUGGUACAGCACCCCCACCAUGUGCACCCUCUCACGCCUCUGAUCACCUACAGCAAUGAGCACUUCACACCGGGGAACCCUCCACCUCACCUACAGACAGACGUGGAUCCCAAAACAGGAAUCCCGAGGCCUCCGCAUCCUCCGGAUAUAUCUCCUUAUUACCCACUGUCGCCUGGCGCCGUCGGCCAGAUCCCCCAUCCGCUAGGAUGGUUAGUACCACAGCAAGGUCAACCUGUUUAUCCAAUCACAACAGGGGGUUUCAGACACCCUUACCCAACUGCGCUUACUGUCAACGCAUCCAUGUCAAGUCUUCUGUCCUCCAGGUUCCCCCCACACAUGGUGCCCCCUCACCACAGUUUGCACACCACGGGCAUCCCUCACCCCGCCAUCGUCACACCCAACGUCAAGCAGGAAUCGUCCCACAGUGACAUCAGCUCGCUCAACAGCUCGAAACAGUCAGACGCUAAAAAGGAAGAGGAGAAAAAGAAGCAGGUCCACAUAAAGAAGCCUCUGAAUGCCUUCAUGCUCUACAUGAAGGAGAUGCGGGCGAAGGUGGUGGCCGAGUGCACGCUGAAAGAAAGCGCCGCCAUCAACCAGAUUCUGGGGAGGAGGUGGCACGCCCUAUCGCGGGAGGAGCAGGCCAAGUACUACGAGCUGGCCAGGAAAGAACGACAGCUCCACAUGCAGCUGUACCCGGGCUGGUCAGCACGAGACAACUAUGCGGCUAACCAACAGGGGAAAAGGAAGAAGAGAAAAAGGGAAAAGCAGCAAGCAGAGAGCAAUGAACACAGAGAAUAUUUUCCAAACCCUUGCCUUUCACUCCCUCCGAUUACAGACCUGAGCGCUCCUAAGAAGUGUCGAGCGCGCUUUGGGCUCGAUCAACAGAAUAACUGGUGUGGCCCGUGCAGGAGAAAAAAAAAGUGCAUUCGCUACAUCCAAGGUGAAGGCAGCUGUGCCAGUCCUCCCUCUACGGACGGAAGCUUACUAGACUCCCCCCCCUCCUCCCCCUCCUCCGUGGUUCACUCCCCCCUCUCUUCAAAAGAGUCCAAUCCUCAGACUGAACAAAUGCAACCUCUCUCACUGACUAUGAAACCGGCCCACCAGCCACUCCACCACCCGCACCUCCUGGCUGGGCCUCCGCCGCCAUCUUUGGUUCAACUGGAAAACUCUGCUGCAGCUAGAAAAACGCCUGGCGCCUCCUCCCACAACGGAGCCGUGGAGCACGGCGACGUCUCGUCCUCGCGGCAGCCGGGCUCCUCGGUGGCGUCCUCCAUGGCCCGGUCCUCGGCAUCGCUGUGUCAUUCCCACUCGCUCCUCCCCUCCACGGCCCCUCAGCCUCUGUCGCUAGUGACCAAGUCUAUAGAAUAGUCUAUCCUAUUUUUCUCCUCUCUUUUAUCUCUGCACACACACACAUGCACGCACAUGCACGCACACACACUCACACACAUACUUGCACAGACACCUCUCUAGGUCCUUCCUCUGCUAUAUUUCACUUGCCGUUGGAUGUUUUUCUCUUUAUGUUUCCGUGCCACAAGGCUUUGAAAUUUUAGUUUUUCUUUUACUAAAGUUCAUUGGUCAAUAUUUGACCCCUCAUUAUCAAAAAGAAUUCUAAUUAUUAUAAAGAAAUGAUACAAUGAGCUGUAGUAUAGCUUUGUGAAUCUGCCAAAAUUUUUAUGAAUUUUUUUUGUUUUUGUCUUUUUUUUUUUUUUUUUGUAGUGUUCAACAGUGCAAACUGAAAAAUUAUCUAGUUCAACUUCAAAAUGUGUAAAAGACGGAUAUAAAAAGGUAGGCUAGAUUAUUCAGCGAGCCCUUUUCUUGAAAGAGUUGGUUCUCCUUCUUUAUUUGUAUUAAAUACGAGCUUGCGAACCAAUCAUUCGACAUCUGUUCAAACUCUUGGAGGGCAUGAGGCUAGCAGUGACACCUCUCUGAGGAACAACUUUAAUUGUGAUGUUACUUGUUCUUGUUUAAAUGUACAGAUAUCGGGAGGGGGUGGGUGGGGGAUUACUGUGUUAAAUAUGCAUUCUUCCACUGCGUUGUCUCUUCUUUUCUUUGUCGUUUACCUUACGGGGCGGAGUCAGGCAAGUUUGGGUGGAC